CGCCUGAGCGGAUAGUGAUCCGGAAGUGUUCUCGGGCAGGCGAGCCCGCCUCCGAGCCGAGGGAGUACUUCCGGGGCAGUAGGAGCGGCGAGUUGGCGGCCGUGGCUGCGGUGAUGUUCUAAUCAUGUCGGAUAAAGAUGAUGUUGAGAGUAAAGUGAUAACUGAAGCAACCCCCAUCCUUGAAGAUGGAAACUGUGAGCCAGCCAAGAGUUCUGAGUCUGUCAACCAAAGCACUAAGCCAGAGAGUAAAUCAGAACCUGUAGUGUCCACUCGGAAAAGGCCAGAGUUCAAACCUUCUAGUGACCUUGAAACUUCUGAAGUUCUCCCUGUUCAGGAGCCCAUUUCCAAAGAUGUACCCCAAACUGGAUGGGGGUAUUGGGGAAGUUGGGGCAAGUCCUUACUUUCUUCAGCCUCAGCUACAGUAGCCACAGUAGGACAAGGUAUUUCAAAUGUCAUUGAGAAAGCAGAGACUUCUCUCGGGAUCCCUAGUCCCAGUGAAAUUUCAACUGAAGUCAAGUGCGCAGCAGGAGAGACAAAUGCCAAAGAGAAUGAAAAUUCCUCCCCAGUGACUGGGCCGUUUGGUGUAUUCUCGACCAUUUCUACAGCUGUUCAGAGCACAGGAAAGAGUGUUAUUAGUGGGGGUUUGGAUGCCUUAGAAUUCAUUGGAAAAAAGACAAUGGAUGUCAUAGCAGAAGGGGAUCCUGGGUUUAAAAGAACCAAGGGUCUGAUGAACCGGAAUUCUACACUAUCUCAGGUUUUACGAGAGGCAAAGGAGAAAGAAGAGCUAUGGACCUCCAAUGAGGUUACCAUGGAAACAGACAAGAAAACUCAUUAUGGGCUACUCUUUGAUGAAUUUCAAGGCCUUUCACAUCUAGAAGCUCUGGAGAUGCUUUCCCAAGAAAGUGAAAUAAAGGUGAAAUCUAUUCUUAAUUCUUUAAGUGGAGAAGACUUAGAGGCACUAAAGCUUGAAUUAGAGCAACUCAAAGAAGCAUUUUCCUUAGCAGAGUUUUCUGAGGAAGAUGAAGAAGAGAAAAAAGGGGAUGAAGAUUUUACCAAAGAGAUAACAGAACUGUUUUCCCAGCUGCACGUCUCCUCCAAACCAGAGAAACUUGCCAGGGCAAGAAAUACUGCCUACAAAUGGAUCAUGGCAUUUCCGACCACACCAUUAGCAGAGAAAGAAGAAGAAAAACAAUUGGAGGCAGAAAAUACUGAAGAAGUCAAUACAAAUUCAAUAGAGGAUAUCCAUGCAUUUGCAAUCCGCAGCCUAGCAGAGUUGACUGCCUGCUCAAUUGAACUGUUUCACAAAACAGCAGCAUUGGUUCUGCAUGGUGGGAAGCAGGAAGUGACAGCCAUAGAAAGGAGCCAAACUCUUUCCCAGAUGACAGUUACGUUGUGUAAAGAGUUGUCUUCUCUGUCUAAAGAGUUCACCACUUGCCUAACAACUGCUGGGAUCAAAGAAAAGGCAGAUGUCCUGAAUCCAUUAAUCACUGCAGUCUUUUUAGAGGCAUCAAAUAGUGCCUCCUACAUCCAGGAUGCCUUUCAACUACUCUUACCUGUGCUGCAGAUCUCUCUCAUUGAGAACAAGACAGAAUUACCCAGGCAGGAGCUACAAGUUCAGAGACCUUUGCCAGGACAUUGAAGAAUAGAGAAGAUUUGGCCUGGGAUUUGUGAUGGCUGAGAAGUGCCACUUUCUUCAGGGUACCCCUGUAGAAAUGAAUGAGAAAGGUUAUUUUAAUAUAUAAAAAUUCAGGCAGGAGAACAGGUUUAAAGAGGAAGUUAGUUUCUUCACUUGGAUGAAGUAUUCAAGUCCUUACACUAUUUCCAGUUAUUAUAAUUAAUAAAUUAUUUGAAAAGAAAUUUUUGUAGAAAGUCCAAGAAUAAUAGCUCUAGAUAAAAUUUAGUGGGGCACUCAGGCAAAAAAUAUGGAUCUAUUUUUAACAUGUUGCAAAACACUAACAAUUUUGUCACGAAUAUAAUUUGUAGUCCAUGGAUAAAAUUGGUGAUAACACAGGAGAAAAGGAACUUAAUUUGGCAUUCUAGAAUUUACAACAUACUUAACUUUAUUAAUGCUAUGAAUUUUCUCCAUUCUAGAAUAAAAUCUGUGGCUUUAAGAAAACUGAGCAUGUAUAAACUCUAAAAUGAUUACCCUUCAUCAUGUGAAUUCUUGGAAAUGGUUAGGAAGUUUCAUCUACUCUUAAAUUCUCGGUAGAUAUUUGACAUUGAGGAGAAACUUGCAGUAUUAUACUUUUUCAGGCACAUGAAUGAACUAUAUAGCAAAGUCCCCUUUGGUGUCAAAUGACUCCCCCAUCCCAUGAAGAUAAGCUUCAAGUCAUAGCUGAUCCCUACUCAACAGGAUUUAAGACCAGUAAGUGCAAUUUAGAGAAACAGUUUCAUAUUUUAGAUACUGUUUUUAGGUUGGUUUUCAUGCACACCCUGUAAGCAGGGUAAAUUCUGUCACAACCAACCCAAAAGGAGUGUUGAGGCUCUUUUGUUAGUAGAGUUUUUGUUGUUUGAAUAUUAUUAAAGUGAGUCAUAGAGUCCCAUAGAGAUGAUAUUCAUUUAAAACAAGAUUUAACUUCUAACACAUUUUUCUUCUUUAUUUGUUUUAAUUUAUUCUUUAGCAUGCUUUUAAAUACAACUUUUAUCCUGUAGAUCUUAUGCCAUUUUUGCUUUCUUCAGCAACUGAAAUAUAUUUUGGUAUCUGUUCUUUUUUAAAAAAAAGUUCUCCAACUUUGUGGAUUUUAAAUGAUUCAGGUAACUUUUUUGUGAACUUUGCCCCCCAUCUUAUAAAAGGUUUAAAAUAAAAUAUAAUUGUAUCUAUUCACAAGUGUGAUACUUCACAAACAUCAAGGAUGAAAUCCGUUUAUGUACUCUGAUAUAAUAUGAUGUACAUUUUCAUAAAAGGCUUAAAAAUGAAACAUUCAAGAAGUGAGGAAGUUCUAAAAAUUCAAGCCUCUUAGUUAACAUGUCAUCAAAACCUCUGGUGAAUACGUAAGAGGAAUUUUGAAAACCUGCCCACUGACUUGCCCAUCUUAUGUCGCCUCAAACACCAGUCUGCUCAUUUCUCCAUUUAACUUGAGACCCCAUCAGUGCUUGUUAUUAUAUCAUCUGACCAAAGUCCCAUCAUGUGUCACUAUCACUUUUCCUAUCAGGAAAAUUCCAAAAAAGAAAAGUUCAAAUAGUCUCCUAUCUCUCUUGUUCUUUGAGUUAAAGGCAAAAAAAAAAAGGCUACCUUGAUCACUUUACCCUCACAGAUCAAUGUUGAACUCUCUAGAAAGUUUUUGA